AUGGGUGAGAAGUGCUUCAGGGCUGGUGAUGUAAGGGUCAAUGAGAACCCUGGAUUGACGAGUCUGCAAACCAUUUGGAUGCGACAGCACAAUAAAGUGGCUCGCACACUUCAACAGCUGAACCCAUUGUGGGAUGAUGAACGGCUGUUCCAGGAGGCACGGCGAAUAGUUGCAGCACAGGUGCAAAUUGUAGUAUAUGGUGAAUUCCUACCUUCAGUGUUAGGCUUAGAGCUGAUGGCUCACUAUCAUCUGCUGCCCCUUGCCUAUGGAUUCACAAACUACGAUCCAUGGACAGACGCCACGAUGUCAAACGAUUUUGCCGCUGGAGCAUAUCGCUUCGGACACUCGCAGGUUAACACAAGGUUCAAGUUUGAAAACACUAGUGUGAAGGAAGAAUUUUUUGCCCUUGAAGACUUCUACUUCUUUCCUUUUGAUUUGUACAAGAGAGGCCUCGAUCCCAUUCUUCUCGGCCUCAUUCACCAAAGCAGCGACGAAGUUGACAGGCACGUGACAUCAGCUGAAACGGAGCAUCUGUACCGAGCAAGAACGGAGCCCUUCGGAUUAGAUCUAGUAGCUAUCGAUAUCCAAAGGGGUCGAGAUCACGGCCUUCCGGCCUACGUGGACUACGUUGAAUACUGCGGAGGGCCUAAUAUAAUGACCUUCGACGAUAUGAGGGCUUUGAUUCCCGACAAUGUUGUGGACAUCUACGAACAAUUAUAUGAAAAUGCCAGGGACGUUGACCUCUUCACCGCAGGACUCACCGAGUUCCACGUUGCUGGUGCCGUUGUAGGACCCACCUUUGCAUGCAUACUUGGACAGAUGUUUCACAGUUUAAAGUUUGGAGAUCGCUUCUACUACGAGCAUGGGAACGAAGCUGGUUCCUUCACUCGAGCUCAACUGCAGGAACUACGGAAAACGACUUUUGCGCAAAUUAUAUGUGACAACAGCAACGUGAUCAGAAGAAUCCAGGCGAACGUGUUCCAACAAGUUUCUACACACAAUCCCACUCGGUAUUGCGGGCAGCUACCAAGGACAAGACUGACACCAUGGAGGGAGGGGCAACAUGGAUAA